AUGGAUGAUAUAAAUACAGAUAUGCUUAUAUCAUUGAUCGAAGCAAGACCUGCAUUGUGGGAUAAAACAUUAGACAUAUAUAAGGAUAAGGUGUCAAAAGAAUCAGCAUGGACUUACAUAUAUAAACCGGUAUUCAGAAUCUACAACGGUAAAAUCGUUUUGAAAAAAUGGACCCAAACAAGAGAUUCGUGGAUGAAAUCGAUCAAAAAACAAAAAGAUGAAAAAAGAUCUGAAUCUUCUGCUAAGCCAUCAAGAUUGUACUUGUACCAUAAUCAAAUGUGUAUUUUAAAAAAAAUAAUAGACUCGACAACUACCCAAGAAAGUGCUGAGGAUGGUCCGAUUGAACAAAAUAAAGGAUCAAACCAAACUGAUGAGAGGGAAAAAACCUUCUUAAUGAAUCACCAGCUAACCAACCACGUAUUUCUGAACAUAAACAUAGACCAAUCAACAGCUAGCCCAGAAAGUGUGAUAUCGGCAACACUUUCAGUAAUAUCAACCACAAGUCAAGAGCCCGAGGAAUACGACUUUGCUGAUAUAAUUUAG